UUCUUCGAGGCCAGGACUGGGUGAUGGUGUCGCUACUCCCGCCACAGUCUGACGUCACGCUGCCAGGCCCUGCCAGACUGGAGGGCGAACGCCAAGGGGACCUCAUGCAGGCACCGGGCCUCCCAGGAUCCCCUGCCCCACAGAGUAAGCAUGCCGGCUUCAGCUGCUCGUCAUUUGUGCCUGACGGCCCUCCAGAGAGGGCACCCUCACUGCCCCCACACAGCCCCAGCGUCGCGUCACCAGGCCCCGAGCAAGUCCAGGGCCACUGCCCAGCUGGCCCCGGCCCAGGCCCCUUCCGGCUGUCACCCUCGGACAAGUAUCCUGGCUUUGGCUUUGAGGAGGGCCCAGCAAGCAGCCCUGGGCGCUUCCUCAAGGGCAGCCACGUGCCAUUCCACCCAUACAAGCGGCAUUUCCAUGAGGACGUCUUUCCCGAGGCCCAGACCGCCCUGGCCCUUGAUGGACACUCCUUUAAGACCUCAGGGGCACUGGAAGCCUUCGAGGAGAUUCCCGUGGAUGUUGGGGAGGCCGAGGCCUUCCUGCCUGGUUUCUCAGCAGAGGCCUGGUGCAACGGGCUCCCCUACCCCAGCCAGGAGCAUGGCCCCCAAGUCCUGGGGUCGGAGGUCAAGGUCAAGCCCUCUCUGGAGAGUGGUCCUGGGAUGUACUGCUACCAGCCCCCCUUGCAGCACAUGUACUGCCCCUCCCAGCCCCCCUUCCACCAGUACCCACCAGGUGGCGGCAGCUACCCUGUGCCCUACCUGGGCUCCUCACACUAUCCAUACCAGCGGAUUGCACCCCAGGCCAGCAAUGAUGGGCACCAGCCUCUCUUCCCCAAACCCAUCUACUCCUACAGCAUCCUCAUCUUCAUGGCCCUUAAGAACAGUAAAACUGGGAGCCUUCCUGUCAGCGAGAUCUACAAUUUUAUGACGGAGCACUUUCCUUACUUCAAGACGGCGCCUGAUGGCUGGAAGAAUUCUGUCCGCCACAACCUAUCCCUCAACAAGUGCUUUGAGAAGGUGGAGAACAAAUCUGGAAGUUCCUCUCGCAAGGGCUGCCUGUGGGCCCUCAAUCCGGCCAAGAUCGACAAGAUGCAGGAAGAGCUGCAGAAGUGGAAGAGGAAAGAUCCCAUCGCUGUGCGCAAAAGCAUGGCCAAGCCAGAAGAGCUGGACAGCCUCAUCGGAGACAAGAGGGAGAAGCUGGGCUCCCCGCUGCUGGGCUGUCCGCCCCCUGGGCUGGCAAGCUCGGGUCCCAUCCGGCCCCUGGCACCCCCAACUGGGCUCUCCCAGUCGCUGCACUCACUCCACCCAGCUUCGGGCCCCAUUCAUGGCAAGAACCCCCUGCAGGACCUACUUGGGGGGCACACGCCCCCCAGCUAUGGGCAGACAUACCCGCACCUCUCACCUGGCCUGGCCCCUCCUGGACCCCCGCAACCGUUGUUCCCGCAACCCGAUGGGCACCUUGAGCUGCGGGCCCAGCCGGGUACCCCCCAGGACUCGCCUUUGCCUGCCCACACCCCACCCAGCCAUAGCGCCAAGCUGCUGGCCGAGCCCUCCCCAGCCAGGACUGUGCAUGACACCCUACUGCCAGACGGAGACCUUGGCACUGAUCUGGACGCCAUCAACCCCUCUCUCACCGACUUUGACUUCCAGGGAAACCUGUGGGAACAGCUGAAGGAUGACAGCUUGGCCCUCGAUCCCCUGGUACUGGUGACCUCAUCACCGACACCAUCGUCGAUGACGCUGCCUCCACCUCCACCCCACUGCUUUCCCCCUGGGCCUUGUCUGGCAGAGACAGGCAGUACAGCAGGCGACCUGACAGCACCAGGCAGCGGGGGCUCCGGGGCGCUGGGUGACCUGCACCUCACCACCCUGUACUCAGCCUUCAUGGAGCUGGAGCCCACACCCCCCUCGGCCCCUGCUGGCCCCUCCGUGUACCUCAGCCCCAGCUCCAAGCCCAUGGCCCUGGCAUGAGCUAUGCCUGCCAUCAGCUCCAGCCUUUGCCUAGUCUGGAAGUCCCGGCCGGCCGCCCACAUCGGGCUCACCUUAAAGGUCAAGGAAGGAAAACACUACCUGUCCCCUGUGCCACUCAGCCAACGUAUUUGUUAUCUGGCAGCAGGGGCCACAGAGGACACCACGCGGGAUACUGCCCCUCCACAUUUCUGCCACGUAGUGGUCCAGCUGGUCACUCGGGGGCCCUGCAGAGCAAGCAUCUGGGCAAGAAGAAAACAUGCUUUCCCCAGCUCACACUCAUCCACACUUCAGCAUCUCGCACAUACUGUUACUCAGACAGACACCCACACACAUACCUUAUACCUGGAGGAAUCAAUGCUACAGCACAGAGAGCCCGACUUCAUUUCCGGGGCAGCUGAGAGAUGAGGGCUUUGCUUACCACAAGCUCAGGGCCCCUGUGCCGGGCCAAAGAUUUCCCCCCACCCCAGACCCCCAUUCUGACAUCCAUGUGCUCUGCAGAUCUGGCCCCCUCCAGUCAUGUUCUUUCCCAGAAGCCCCCUGUAUUUAUUCUCCCACCUUCAUCCCAGCAGCCCAGCAAGAAGAAGUUAGAGAGCUCCUCUUCAAGUUGUCUGUGGACACCACGCCCCAGGGGCCGCUACUUAGCAGCACCUGCUCUGCCAGGCUCUGCCCAUCCUCAUACACACUCUGUCCAGCCUCCGCCAGGGUGACACACAGGAGGGGC